UAGUAGUAUUUAUAGAGCCAUUUUCCAAAAUACAAAGAUAUCAACAAGAAGCCACAAAAAGAAAAAUAUGGAAAGAGAAAUAGAGGAAGUGAGAAUGUAUUUUAAGGCAGGGAAAACUAGAGAAGAAUCAUGGAGAAAGCAACAGUUAAAAGGGUUGCUCAACUUUCUAAUUGAAAGAGAAGAAGAUAUAUUUGAUGCCCUCAAGCUAGAUCUUGGCAAGCACCCAGUUGAAUCAUUCAGAGAUGAGGUAGGAACGUUAAUUAAGGACAUUAAUGUAGCCUUGGGUAGCUUGACAAAUUGGAUGUCAGGUAAAAAGAUUAAAUUACCACUAGCUGCAUAUCGCACUUCAGCAAACUUGGUUGCAGAGCCUCUUGGUGUUGUUCUUAUUAUUGCAUCUUGGAAUUUCCCAUUUGGUUUAGCAAUAGAGCCACUGAUAGGUGCAAUAGCAGCAGGGUGUACAGCAGUGAUAAAACCAUCAGAAUUAUCCCCUGUAUGCUCUGUACUUCUUGCUGAAGCCAUCCCAACUUACGUCGAUUCUAGAGCUGUUAAGGUCAUUCAAGGUGGAAUCGAUGUUUGUAAUCAACUCUUGCAGUAUAAAUGGGACAAGAUCUUCUUCACAGGCAGUAGUCGAGUGGGACGAAUAGUUAUGAUGGCUGCGUCAAUGCAUUUGACACCCGUAGUUUUGGAAUUGGGUGGAAAAUCCCCCUGUAUCGUUGAUUCACUAUCUACAUCUUGGCGUACAGAGAUUAUCCUCAGACGAUUAAUAGGAGGAAAAUUUGGAACAUGCGGUGGACAAGUAUGUAUUGGGGUGGAUUAUAUCCUUGUAGAAAAGAAGCUAUCUUCAACUUUGGUUGAGUUAUUGAAGGAUGGAAUCAAGAAAUCUUUUGGGGAAAAUCCAGAAGAAUGUGUUGCAAGAAUAAUCAAUAAACAUCAUUUCAAUCGAUUGAAGGGACUUCUUGAUGAUCCUCGAGUCAAAACAUCUAUAGUCCACGGUGGUUCAAUCCAUGAGGAUAAGUUGUUCAUUGAGCCAACUAUCUUAGUUGAUCCUCCACUUGAUGCUGAAAUCAUGACAGAAGAAAUUUUUGGCCCCUUGCUUCCAAUAAUUACGUUGGAGAAUAUUGAAGGUAGUAUCGAAUUCAUAAAUUCAAGGUCGAAGCCACUCGUAAUUUAUUGUUUCACCAACAACAAUAAAUUCAUGAAAAGAGUAUCUUCAGAGACAUCAUCUGGUGCAGUUUUAUUCAAUGACACAAUUGUUCAGUAUGCAGCUGACACAAUUCCAUUUGGAGGAGUGGGAGAAAGUGGAUUUGGAAGAUACCAUGGCAAAUUUACAUUUGAUGCAUUCAGCCAUGAGAAGCCUAUUGUUAAGAGAGACUUAUUUCCAGAUUUUUGGUUUAGGUUUCCUCCUUGGACUAGUAAGAAGUUAGAACUCUUAAGAGCAGCAUUUUCUUACAACUACUUUCUCAUUGUCCUCAUCGUUUUGGGUUUGAAGAAGCCUCGGAAACUUUCCAAAGAUAUCUAAUUAAGCAAAAGUUAUUACCAUAAAUAAUUUAUAUGUUAUUCACACGCAACGUUUUUUGGUGUAACAAUUCACAAAUUAUUGUUUUAUUUGUGAAAAGAAACUUAAAUGACAUGAAAUUAAUGAAAAAAUGACAUGAGAUUUAUGUCAUUAGUUGUAUAGUCGAUUCAUGUCAUUUUUGUUGGAGUUUAUGUCAUUAUACAUGUUACACAAUAAGUUAUGGUGUAACAUGUUAUAUCCGAGAUGCACUGUUUAUUAUUUCCUAUGUAUUUGCAAUACUCUAUGUCCCGAAGUAUAUAUUGUGAAAAAACAAUUGGUUUAAUUAA